UUGAUGAGGUGGCUUUUGACAGUGUGAUGUUCGCUUAUUUCUUGACAGAAAACACAGGUGUGCAGGAAGCAUUUGCCAUGGAAGCCAAGGAGCUUGGGAGUUCCACACCCACCUACCAUCUCAUUCCUGAGGCCAGCCCACCUAAGAUGGAAGAAGAUGUGGGCUCAUCACCUCAAAAGUCCCGAGAAACUAUGCAACUGAAGAAGGAGAUCUCCCUGCUGAAUGGGGUUAGCCUGGUGGUGGGCAACAUGAUCGGCUCAGGGAUCUUUGUCUCACCCAAGGGUGUGCUGGUAUACACUGCCUCCUAUGGGUUGUCACUGGUUGUGUGGACCAUUGGUGGGCUCUUCUCUGUUGUGGGUGCCCUUUGCUAUGCAGAGUUGGGGACUACCAUCACCAAAUCUGGAGCCAGUUAUGCUUAUAUUCUAGAGGCCUUUGGGGGCUUCAUUGCCUUCAUCCGUCUUUGGGCCUCACUGCUAAUUGUUGAGCCUACCAGUCAGGCCAUCAUUGCCAUCACCUUUGCCAACUACAUCAUCCAGCCCUCCUUCCCCACCUGUGAUCCACCCUACCUGGCCUGCCGUCUCCUCGCUGCUGCCUGUAUAUGUCUGCUGACAUUUGUGAACUGUGCCUAUGUCAAGUGGGGCACACGUGUGCAGGACACGUUCACUUACGCCAAGGUUCUGGCGCUCAUUGCCAUCAUUGUCAUGGGCCUUGUUAAACUGUGCCAGGGACACUCUGAGCACUUUCAGAACGCCUUUGAGGGUUCCUCCUGGCAUGUGGGAAACCUCUCUCUUUCCCUCUACUCCGCCCUCUUCUCUUACUCAGGUUGGGACACCCUUAAUUUUGUAACAGAAGAAAUCGAAAACCCAGAAAGAAAUUUGCCCUUGGCCAUUGGGAUUUCUAUGCCAGUUGUGACACUCAUCUACAUCCUGACCAACGUGGCCUAUUACACAGUGCUGAGCAUUUCAGAUGUCCUUAACAGUGAUGCUGUGGCUGUGACAUUUGCUGACCAGACAUUUGGUAUGUUCAGCUGGACCAUUCCCAUUGCCGUUGCCCUGUCCUGUUUUGGGGGCCUCAAUGCAUCUAUCUUUGCUUCAUCAAGGUUAUUCUUUGUAGGUUCUCGUGAGGGCCACCUCCCUGACCUUCUAUCCAUGAUCCAUAUAGAGCGUUUUACACCCAUCCCUGCUUUACUGUUUAAUUGCACCAUGACACUCAUCUACCUCAUUGUGGAAGAUGUUUUCCUGCUCAUCAACUACUUCAGCUUCAGCUACUGGUUCUUUGUGGGCUUGUCUGUUGUUGGACAGCUCUACCUUCGCUGGAAGGAACCCGAGUGGCCCCGGCCUCUCAAGUUGAGCCUGUUUUUUCCCAUCGUGUUCUGCAUAUGCUCCGUGUUUCUGGUGAUUGUGCCCCUCUUCAGUGACACCAUUAAUUCCCUCAUUGGUAUUGGGAUUGUCCUCUCCGGGAUUCCUGUCUACUUCGUGGGUGUUUACCUGCCAGAGUCCCGGAGGCCACUCUUUAUUCGGAAUGUCUUGGCUGCUAUCACCAGAGUCACCCAGCAGGUUUGCUUUUGUGUCCUGACUGAGCUUGAUGUAGCUGAAGAGAGAAAGGUUGAAAGGAAAACUGACUAGCGGCAAGAGGUUACUUCCCCUGAAGCCCAGAAGUUUGUCCACAGGUGGCUGUGGCCACCAAAGUCCUGCUAACAAGACCCUGUGGGCCCAACUCUCCUAAAUUAAAGGAGCCAGUUGACCCACAUCAUAUAAGGGGGCUCAGGGGAGUGCUCACUCUCACUGGUAAGCUACAAGAGGAGAUUCAGGGUCUGGGGCCAGC